UUCAGCUGAUGGUAUAAAACCUUCUCCUGGCUCGGGGACAGACAGAGGAGGAACAGCUGUGGACUUAUUCGAUUUCAGACGGCUAUCUAAAGAACAAUGGAAGAUCUACAGUUGUACUCGUACCAGGAGGAGGUGGCACAGAGGGCUGUUCUCGGUGAAAACGUCAUCAUUUGGUUACCGACCGGAGGAGGCAAAACCAGGGCAGCGGUCUAUGUGGCCAAAAGACACCUGGAGACUAAUCCCACAGCUAAAGUGGUCGUAAUCGUCAACAUGGUGCAUCUUGUGGACCAGCACUACAAAAAUGAGUUUUCUAAGUACCUGGAGCCACAGUAUCAGGUGCUGCCGGUGUCUGGGGACUCGGAUGAGAAGGACUUUUUUGGUAAAGUGCUGAAGACGGCGCAUGUGGUGGUCUGCACAGCUCAGAUCCUCUACAACGCCAUGAUCAACGAAGAUGAGGAUCGGCACGCGGAGCUGUCCGACAUCACUCUGCUGAUCGUUGACGAGUGUCACCACACCCAUAAGGACCACGUCUACAACAAGAUCAUGCGCUGUUAUGUGGAGAAGAAGCUGAACAACGAGGGCCCGCUGCCUCAGGUGCUGGGGCUCACUGCGUCUCCUGGGACCGGGAACAAGAAAGUCCUGGAAGAAGCUACGGAGCACGUCCUCACGAUCUGUGCUAACUUGGACUCAGCCAUUGUCUCAACUCAAAACUACCGCCAAGAUCUGCAGCAAAAAGUCCCCCGGCCUCGCAAAGUGUUUGACAUCACGGAAAAGAGACCCAAGGACCCUUUUGGAGAUCACAUAAAGUGGAUGAUGCUCCAGAUUCAUGAGUUUAUGGAUCUGCCGCGGGACGUUCAUCUGAGAGAGUGUGGGACACAAGAGUAUGAACAAGAUGUGGUCCUCCUGGAGCAGAGAGGGGUGAGAGAGAACAACCGGAUGAUCGCCCAGUGCGCCCUCCAUCUGCGAGAGUACAACGACGCUCUCCUCAUCAAUGACACACUGAGAAUGAUCGAUGCCUACAACUCCCUCAAAAGUUUCUAUAGCAACAAGACGACCAUGGAUACGACCGACAUCUGGUUGGUCGGACUGUUUGAAGAGAAUGAGGUGGAGCUGAGACUGCUGGCCCAAGACCCCAGCUGUGAGAAUCCAAAAAUGGCCAAACUGGAGAGUACUCUUCUGAAACAGUUUGAGGCUGAUAAGAUGUCAAAAGGAAUUCUCUUCACAAAGACCAGAAGGAGUGUCCACUGUCUGCAUGAGUGGAUUCUGGGUAAUGUCGUCCUGCGGAGGGCGGGCAUCAAAGCAGCUACACUGAUUGGAGCUGGGAAUGGCCUCAGUCACAUGACACAGAAUGCACAGAAAGAGACCAUCCGAGAAUUUCGCGGGAAAGCUCUGAACCUUCUCAUCUCCACCACCGUCGCAGAAGAAGGCCUCGAUAUCCCAGAAUGCAAUGUGGUGGUGCGUUAUGGGCUGCUGACCAAUGACAUCGCACAGCAGCAGGCGAGUGGGCGGGCCCGGGCUCAGGACAGUGUGUAUUCAGUGGUGGCUCAGAGGGGGGGACGGGAACUGCGUCGAGAACUGAUCAAUGAACACCUGGAGGAGCUGACCAAGAAGGCCGUGGCCAAAGUGCAGGAGAUGAGCAACUAUGACUUCAAACAAAAGAUACGCCAGCUACAAAGGGAGGAGCUGAUCCGACAAAAAUUAGCUGAGCGUAAGAACGAGGCGAGGAGGAACCGCUUCACUGCCACUAACGUCCAGCUGGUCUGUCGGAACUGUCUGAAGUCUGUGGCCCGUGGGAGCGACCUCAGGCUGGUGGAAGGAGCCCACUAUGUCAACAUCAACCCACAGUUCAAAAGGGAGUACAAAGUGGGAGGAGCUGUAGUUUUAGAAAGAGAUUUUGAAGACUGGGAACCUGGCUGUAAGAUUAUCUGCAACAACGGAAACUGCAACAAGGAUUGGGGUUUUGAGAUGAAAUACAAAGGCGUCGCUAUUUUGGGGACCCUCAAAAUCUCCAGCUUCGCUCUGCUGACUCCCGAGGGCCAGAUUACAGUGAAGAAGUGGAAGGACAUCCCAUUUCCUGUCGGUGACUUUGACUUUGUCAGGUACUGCGAGGACCACCACCCCGACCUGCUCGCCUGAGGGGAGGGGGCUGCUGCGGGGGGCCUGUGCAUGGUUUCUGCUUCCUGUUACACAGCGCCAUGUUCAGGGCAGGUGACAAUUUAAAAGAUAUUCACCUUUUUCCGGAAGUUGCUGUGGGUGCCGCCAUCGUUACUCGGGUAAUUUUGGACAAAUUUUGGCGCCAAAAUAUGAUAUAAAGUAGGCUGGUUUGUGUCAAAUGUUCAGUGUUUAUGAACAACAAGUCAACACUGCACCGAUUCUCUCGAAGUCUUUAAAACAGCUCUGUGGUCCUAUAGAACUUAUUUACUGUCAAGAUCUGUCAAGCUCCAGACAAAAUAAUACAACCCAAAUGACGAUGACGGCACCCAUGGACACUUCUGGAAUAAGGUGAAUACAGAUCACAGAGCCAUUUUAAAGCCUCCCAGUUGGUGCAGUGUUGACUUGUUGGUCACAUUGUACAGGUUUUACAUUAUGUGUUGAUUUAACUGGAGAUUAUGAUUGGCAUUAAGCAUUUUAAUGAGGAAAAAAUACACUUUUGGAUUUUACAGCACAAAUACUUGCAAAGAUGUUGAACCCAGUAGAGUUUUUUACUUUAGCUACAGAUAUAUUACACUCACUCACUGAAAAUAAAUCAUGUCCGCAGCAUUUAGCCUCUAGUUUACCUCAUUUUAAACAUGAUACAGCAUUUUAAUGGGUCUAUAAUGUUUUGCUUUGAAUUGCUAAUUGCCAUGGCAACUGUCCUAACUUCUCAUUCUGAAAUAGUGUUAACUUUAUAAUGCUCUUUGUAAGGACUUCACAAUUCUCCUACAUAAUACCACACUGCUUUUUGAUCAUAGAAUAAAUUUUU